AUGGCAAGUUACACUGCAUCAACUGCGCUCUUAGAAGCGCUUGAGGCAGCGGGUGUAACUCACAUUUUCGUCAACCUCGGAAGUGACCAUCCUGCCAUUCUCGAAGCAAUCUCCAAGCGGCAGCAAGAAAGCCAAAAUGGUCUCCGCUUCAUCACGGCGCCAACUGAGACGGUUGGGCUUUCUGCUGCACAAGGAUUCUUUCAAGCAAGUAGCAAGAUGCAGGCAAUCCUUGUGCAUGUUGAUGCUGGUACAUUAUGUCUGGGAGGUGCUAUACACAAUGUGUCCAGAGCCCGAAUCCCUGUCUUGAUGAUCGCAGGAACAUCGCCUGUCACCGAGGAGAAUGAGCUGCCGGGAAGCAGAAACGAGUUCAUCCACUAUAUUCAAGACACUAUUGAUCAACGCGCAAUCGUCAGAGGAUACACGGUUCUGGACCAUGAGAUCAGGACCGGAAAGAACAUCAAGCAGCUCGUCCUCCGCGCGGCUCAGUUCUCACAGAGUGAACCGCAAGGACCGUCAUAUCUGACUGCUUCCAGAGAGGUUCUCGAAUCAAAGAUUGACCCGUAUGAACUGAACCCAAGGAAGUGGAAACCGCUUGCCCCACGAGGCCUAACUCCAAGCUCGACUGAGGAAAUAGCCACCUCUCUUGUGAAGGCGAAGUCUCCAGUGGUGGUCACCUCGUACCUCGGAAGGGAUAGCGAAGCAGUUACUGAGCUUGUUAGGCUGUGUGAAGCCACUGGUACGGCCGUCCUGGAAGCAAUCCCCUCAUACAUGAACUUCCCACACGAUCACAGCCUUUAUGUCGGGAAUCAUUGGAGUGAAGGUCUAAAAGACUCGGCCCUUGACACUGCAGACGUUGUCCUCGUUAUCGACUGUGAUGUGCCUUGGAUCAAAGGUGUUUUCAAGCCGAGCUCGACAGCCGCAAUCUACCACAUUGAUGCAGAUCCAUUGAAAGUUAACAUGUCACUAUUCCAUCUCGACACGGAAUUAUCUUGUCAGGCAAACUCUAAAGCUGCUCUCGAACAACUGAAUUCAUUCUUGUCUCAGGAUGGUGUGCUCGAGCCUCAUGCAGAUUGUAUUAGGGCAAGGAAGGAAACUAUCCAGGCCAAACACGACAAAUACAUUUCUGGGAUCUUCUCUCUUCAAGGACUCCCCACGAAUGACGAAAUAAUCACACCACACUACGCUCUUUCACGUGUAAAAGCACAUAUCGACAAAGAUACUCUGGUUCUGAGCGAGGGCAUAUCAAACUACAGACCUAUCUGCGAUGUCCUCAUGCGCUCCGUGCCAGGAACAUAUUACACGAGCGGAGCCACUUCCCUUGGCUGGCAUGGAGGCGCGGCCGUCGGCGCCAAACUCGCGCAGCCCUCAAAGACCAUCAUCGCGAUUACCGGCGAUGGUAGCUUCAUGUUUUCCAUCCCGUCUUCCGUGCAUUGGAUGGCGAGAAAAUAUGACGCCCCCUUUCUGACCGUCAUUCUGAAUAACUGUGGUUGGAAGAGUCCGAUGUUGAGCGCCAUGGCGUGUCACAAAGAGGGCUACACUAGCAAAUCAUCUAGCGAUGAUUUACACGUCACAUUUGACCCUCCAUGUGACCAUGCUAAUGUUGCUGUUGCCGCCGGUGCAGGUUAUGGAGUAACGGUGAAGAAAGCAUCAGAGAUAGACGCUGCAUUAGAACGCGGAUUAGAGACGGUCAGGAAAGGAAGAGCCGCAGUGAUUGAUAUUUGGCUCCCAAAACUUCAAGUUGGUGACAGAGUCGGAUAG